UAAAUGUAAACAGACACGGAAAUAUCUAUGUCCAAUGGCUAGGUCACAAUGACACUAAACUUCAAUCCUUUCGUUUGCAUUUAUAAGUAAAACUAAUUCGUAAAUAUAAUAGUAAUGGAAAUAUUGAUAUGGUAGUUUAAAAUUGCUCGUUACCUAUUCUUAUAGUUUUUGGAUUAAAAUGUGAAAAUGACUGUAGGGUAAAUAUAGAAUUAAGUACAGCAGAAAUCACGUGACUGUGGUUUUAAAAUGUCCUCCAGUGUUACAGCUUUUGUUUUAGGAUAUACGGGCGAGACAGGCAAGGCGUUACUUAAACAGUUGUCAGGGGAUAAUUACUUUUCCAACAUUGUUCUUAUUGGACGGAGACAGGUGGACCUUGGAGAUCUUCAAAUAGCAGAUGACGGACGAUUUACACAACGAGUGAUCGAUUUUGAUGAGGUGGAAAAAUAUGCAGACGACUUCAAAGGUUGUGAUGUUGGCUUUUGUUGCAUGGGGACCACGCGUGGCAAAGGUGGAGCGGCACACUUUGUGAAGGUGGACAGGGACUACGUUGUGAACAGCGCAAAGGUUGCUAAAGAUGCAGGAUGCUCCCAUUUUCAAGUUGUUACUGCUUACGGAGCUGAUAAAAAUAGUUCUAUUUUGUAUAACAAAACAAAGGGUGAAGUGGAGGAACAACUGAAGAAUAUAAACUUCCAGAGACUUUCAAUAUUCCAACCAGCAUUGUUGCUGGGAAAAAGAGAAGAAAGUCGGCCGCUUGAAACAUUCUUCAAAGUUAUCUCUUUUCCUUUUACCAAGCUGUUUCCAACACUGGGAUCUGUUCACUUUGAUGUACUUGCGAGGGCUAUGAUUUACAAUACAAAGCAACAAACAUCAGAAAAAGUAGAAGUCAUUGAUAAUAGAAAGAUACAUGAACUUUCAAAGUUGGCAAAGUAGGGCAUCGACUCUUGCCUGUCAACAAAGAGACUAAUUCCUUACAUGUGCAAUGAUGUAUCAAAUUAAUAAUAAUGAGAACAAUAAUAUUUUUAACAUGAAAAGUUUGAAAUUAUUUCGUACACUUUGUAUGUUAUACUGUCCGCUAUUUGAAUAAAAUGUUUAAGGUGAA